CCUUGCAAAUCUUCCACUGCUAGGCAGCUGUCAGAUGACUUUUUCGUCGUAGUUUACGCGAGAACAGCAAGUUAUGAAAUGGCAAUUUGUUGCUGUGUUUUACAACGAGUUUAUUGUGCGUGAAGCAAGUGUUUGGAGUAUUUUAACAGAGUUUUAGGUACGAUUGUCGAUAGCAUUAGAUAGCAGCCCCGAAUGCGCUCCGCCGUUCAUGCCUACAUCGUUGGUAGAGUGUACGCUUUUCCCAUGCGCCAUGGAGACUCCGGACGACGAGAAGCAACAAUUGCCAUCGCCAACAAGCGGUGACCUUCCGGAGGGUUUAGUAUUUGUGAGCAGUGGCAGUGAAGGUCCGGACGAGGAUGAGGACCAUGAGGAGGGUGAAAUACAGGACGAAGAUGAGGAGGACGCGCAGCACCCUCAGGAGCUGGAGGACAUCAGCUCGGAAGAGGAAUCGACCAUCCGUGAGCGCAUGGCGGCUUUGGAAGCAAUGGACAAGAAGGUUGGCAUGAUGAAGCGAAAAUAUGCAAACCACAGCAAAUACGACUACCUGGACUUCGAGGAGGUUAUGAACGGAAAGGAAAAUUAUUAUUACUACCCGCAACAUCCGAACCCAUUGUAUCGAAGUCACAAGCCAUACAAACCUUCGGCCACGAACAAAGAAGACAAUCGCUACAGCGUGGGUAAACAUGCGCGCACAGUUGCGACGAAACGGAGCGCUGAUAAGGCAAAGGAAAAGAGCUCCAAAAGGUCGUCGCACCGUCGACACAAGCGUCGACGAUAUGCUUCUCGGUCUCCUACACCUUCCGAACGACGUGCACUGUCGACCGAUUCCGAACCGGAGACGGUGGUGGAUCGGGAAUAUCUGAAGAUUGCUUGCGGCAUUGGUAAUGGAAAGAACCAACGCCUUUCUAGCAGUAGGAAUCCGCUUAAAAAGAAGCUUUUCUUGCAAACAUCUAAACGGAAAAGAAAAGCGGAAGGAAAACAUAAACCUGUCGUGGAAAUGUUGCAAUCCGCUUCUUCAAGCAACUCCGACAAUGAUGCAAUCGUGGUAGACGAAGAAGAUGAGGAAGAGGAGGAAGAAGAGGAAGAGUUGCAGCUUCGUUUGCUGGCCCUCAGCACGAAACCGAUCGUGCGGGAAGCGGGCCUCAGUGACAUUAUUUCAGAGUUUCAGAUACCUUCACCACCGCCACCGCCAACAAUAAACCUAGCGGAGGACAACAUGUCCGAUGCGGUGUCGGCAGAAGAGCAUGAGCUGCGCCUGAUCGCGCUAAAAACGGCCGUAUUGAAGAAGCAUGAAUCGAGAAAAAAGCGCAAGGAACUGGACAAUGAGCAACCGUACUCCCCGAGCGAUGAUAUUGUUCUUUCCCCUGUACGGGAGAUAGCUCCACUGUUUGAUAAUGAACUGUACAGCGAUGGACGGGAUUCGGUGGAGAUGAUCGAAGAUGAUGAUGUGCAGAUAGUGGAGCCACACUACGAACAAAUCGAUCUCGUCGAUUCGGACGAUAACGGGAACGAUAUGGAGAUUAGUCCGCUUGGCAGUCCGAUCGGUAGGGUGGACACUGAGCACGAUAUGGAGGAAAAUUCACAUCAACCCAUCGAUAUGGAUCUGGCAAGCAGCGACAGUAUUAGCAGUGCUCCGUCUCCCGCGUAUAGUGGUACUGCGAUGGAGCAAAGACUGUUACUAGCGGGAACUGAUUCUUGUGAUUCGACACUGUUCCAUCGAAGGGGUGAAAUACUGCAGGAAAGUCCAUCCGCAACGCCCGAUUCAAUGGAGGAAGCGGAAGCGGAAGCUUUAAGACAUUUGCUACUAACAAAGAUGCGUCAGAAACAAACCAAGAAGAAGGAAACGGUGGAACCAACUCAGGAGAAACUACCAGAGAAUGAUGAACAAACAUCUUCCCUGGAGAAUGAAACGAUGGAUACUGCCCCGAACGAAAGUAUUCCUGUAGUGCAGGACGAGAAAGAGUUAUCGCCGUGCGAAGAAGAACCUAAUCAAGAAUCGACUACCCUAGGCCCAACGACAAACACUUCUAAUGUAAUCACCGUUGUCGAUCGGAAACCUCAACGAAAGCGAAGGAAGAAAACACUUUCGAGCAGUGCUAGUGUUCCAGUGGUGGAAGCAGAAAGUACCAAACCUUCUUCCCCGGCCACCAGUUUACCAUCCGAGCCCCGUCCGCAGUUGACCAAAGCGUCUUCCAUAGUGCACACGCAAAAGCUCGUCAACAAUCCAAACAAAUUAAUCAACCUCAAUCGCACUGCUGCACCAUCGCCUCCGACGAUCGUUGCGGGACCACGGACAGACUCGCCCAAGGAAUUGACCAUGGUUGAAACGUUUGUUUCGCGACCAGUUGCGAAGCUUGUCAUACAGCUGGGGAAUUCCGAUUCCGAUUCGGAAGUCGAUUUCAGUACAUCAUCACCCGAGAAAGGUGAUAAGGCGGAUGAUGGUUCGGUUUCGAUAUCAGUUGCCAUUACGGCCGGAGCACCCGCAACGACGACGGUACGGUUUGAAGAACAGUUAGAUAAAUUUUUGAAAAGUGUCCGAAGUAAAAGUACAACCCUGACGACCAAGGACGAUGGUACCAAAGAGCAGAUGGAACAUUCCGAGCGUGCCAUUUCUUCCAGUGAGAAGAGCUUACCGUCUACCAAGCAGCAGCAGCAGCAACAGUUAAGGAAUGCGGCGAAGAAACUUCCAACGAGUAGUAACUCCAUGGCAACGCCGACGGCUGUAAGACAUCUAUCAAAAGCGGCACAGAUGGAGUAUAUGAGACUGGUCGCCCGCAAGGCACAACUAGAACGCUACAAACUUGCACGACAAAAUUCGGCGCACAGUUCUAGCACCGUUUUAAAGGAUAACGCAGUUCCUAAGCAAGACACCCGGCCCGCCAACAAUGGUCCAGCUGUUGAGCAGAAAUCGUUGGAACCAAAGCACGGGAAGAGUCCUGGACGACGGAAACAAUCGUUUACUAGUGCUUCCCAACCUACAACGGUAGCUGCCGAAUCACCAAGCGAAGAACAAGCGACCAUUCAGGAUCCGGUCGAAAGAAAGCUGCAACAAAUACGCUCGAGUUUGCCGAACCUUUCGGAGGCAUCCCGUAACCGAUUGCUUCUCACCGCCGAAAAGCAUCUCGAAAAGCACAGCGGCAGCUUUUUAAGCGAGAUGGAGCGCCAUAAUGCGACGAUACUAGAAGCGCAGCAGGCACGGCGCGAACUGUACCAUCUCGAGAAUCGAAUCGAGCUGCUCAAGGAAAAGCUGUCCCUGCUCGAGAAUGUGUACGAGAAGCGACGCCAUCGUUCGUUCGAUACGUUCUCCAGCCUUCAAACGACGCGCAAGAAGAUUCUUUUCAGCCGCAAACGGUCAGGUGAACUGGAACGAAUGUGUAGCCAGAUUGGGCGUUUCAUAAAGGGGGAAUCGUAUCAACUGCCAACAUCGUCGAAGGGAGCCGUGGUGCAGCAGCAGUUGCGCAUUUUGAUAGCCGAAACGCAGCAAUUGCGAAUGAUCCGCAAGCCUACGUUGCAAGAAUUUAAGGAAGAGAUGAUUGCCAACCACAAGCGACGACUGGCGGACGCGGGUGAUCCGGCCCCUUCGUGGAAGACGAGCACGUACGAUAAUGAGUGCGAUGAAGGACGAUCGAUAGAGGUGGCAAACAACCGGGAAGAUGAAACUGCCGCGGAGCCAGCGGAGAUCAAUCCUGCUGAUUCGAUUAUUCCGGGUGAAGAACCAUGCGAUCCACCUUCGCAGACAUUUUCUCCCGUCCGUGAUGAUGAAUCAUGUACAAAAGAGCCAUUAGAACAAGCUGUGGAAGUAGAAGUGCCAUCGAAGGAUGAAGCGAACGAUGAAAAGAGUGUAGAGGCUGCUGAACCAGUGGUUGAACAAAACACAACACAAGCAGAUGCCGUUGCAGUUGAGACUAUCGAAGAGGAAAAGGAGAUGCUAAAUGUUGAGGUAUUACCGCAAGAGGAAAAGCCCGUCCCGUGCAUUACACCGGAUUUAAAGCCAAGCGAAGAAGACACUAUGAUAGAACACGAAGCAAUCGUUCCUGGUGAAACGUUCCGAAUUGAAAAGUAUACGUCACCGCUGAUGUCCUUGAAACAAGGUGCACAGAACAUUCCCACCGGUAUCCUUUGUCCUUUUGAACUCGGAGGUCAAUGCGUUGAUCGGGACUGCAAGUAUGAGCACUUUAGCCAACGUACGGCUUAAAGCCGCGAUGCAUAUCGUUUAGGAGAUGGUUUGCCGUGUUGCAAAAAAGGUGUGCCAUCGCUGUUUUUUAGAUUUCGUGCUGAUUUUCUUCCUCUCUCGUUGCACACUAUAGUGAAGCUAGCAGGUUAGUUUAGUUAGCCUGCUGCCUAUCAAUCAUUCUGUGUAGGUUCACCUUACCUUUAAGUUAUUGUUUAAAAGUGUGUUUUACAUAUGUUCGACAAGAAGGAAUUCAUCGCAUGAAGCUUAUACUCAUCGGCAGUGGAACUCCCAAAGCUGCUGGGUACGAAGAUGCAAAAUGGUGGACACGAUGCGACAAUGUCCGGGCGUUUUGAAGUCGUUGUACUGGGUAAGUUUGUUAAUCAGAUAUCCCUCCGAUAUUCUGUUUCGUUGUUCAUUUUCAACCAUCACCGGCUGGUGAAGCUAGUGAAGCUAGUGAAGCGAUCGGGAAGCGUACGGUUUAGUGAGUGGAUAAGUGGAAAUCAGCUGUACCUCCCCAAUGCUCUGGCUGUCUUCGGGUGUGUGCUACCGUGCCGGAGCACACUAUUUGUAGCAAUAGGAAGAGGUUAUGUUUAGUGAUGCAAAACAAAAAAAGUUCACCGAGUGCCACACAGAUGUAGCGACGAGACGAUGAAAUGUUAUCCAGUUCCUGCUCCUGCGGUUCGGAUCGAGAGUGAUUCGGCCAUCGUCGAAGUUGGCGUUUGCCACACAUCCUUCCGAUGGUUGGUGAGCCGGUAAUAAACAUCCGGCAGCAGGGAAGAGUACAAACUUCCAUCUGUAUCACGAAUGGUUAACUUAGUGUAGGUUCUCACUUACUACGAGCAGGUGUAGCGACCCAGCCUUCUGGUUUCAGAAAGCACACACGCACUCAGUGUGUGCUUACACUACAUACGAUCGAACCGGAUGUGUGUUGAUCUUGAAACGCAUUUGAAACGGCGCGUGUUUCGAAUGCAAUGUUAAAUUACUUUUAUUACAAACUAAUAUUGGUUUUCUGUCGAAAAACUGUUUGUUUUUUAGAUUGUUAGAUACUUUUGUUUUUUUUUUCGUUUCUCUUUACUUUAAAACCAGUUCGAAUUAAACAUUUGAAAGCCUUUGAAAGCUUGAAUUCACUUCUGCAAACUCAAACGUGUGUUUGUGCGUGCGUGUGUACUUGCUCAUUUAAUUUGUUUGUGUGCGUGUGUUCAAUGAAACUGUUGUUUUAUUAAUUCACUGUUUUUUUUGCUCUUCUUCUAUGUAUCAUUUACAUAACUUUAUAUUAGAGCUCUUUCAAAAGUGAGCAUUUCCUGUAGAUCUAUCGUUGACUAUCACUUUUACACAUGUUUUUGGGUCGUUGUGUUUCAUACAAGCGCGUGUGUCGGAAGCGCUGCAUAAUGUACAUAAUCGAACUGUUGAUAACUUUUGUUUUCUUCGUAAGCUACUCGAUAUACAUUUUGAUUUUUCGCCUUAUUUAAGUGCUUGCGUGUAGUACCUUCGUUGAUGGAUGCUCUUCGAUAUUUCCUAUCCGAUCGUAUUAUGUAUUGGGAUAGUACAAAGUGAUACUAGUGAAAAGUCGAACAAAACAGAACGAACUAAGUAGGAGAAGAUGUAUUUUUGAGACUGAAAGAAGAAAAAAUAAAUCAUGUAUCGAAGAAGAAGUAAAAAUA